CACCGUUUCGAGAAACCCAGUGAGUUCAAACGGAUUCGGGAAGGAAGCAUGAAGUGCGCAAUACUUUUGCUGCUGCUGGGGAUGGUGUGGCUCAGCCGGGCUUAUCCCAUGGAUGAGAUCGAGGACGAAGGAGACUUCCUCGUUCGAAUCCGAAGGGAGGCGAUGAGUCCGGAUGCAGAUGCGGAUCCGGACGCUUUCCCCGACGCCUUCCCGGGCAGAAGCCAGGACAGCCUCUUCGGCUACAAGAAGACCAAGAAAUUCUAUAACGCUAAGAAUUUGGGCGCCUUCGGAUGAAACGCUUCAUGUCGCAUGAAGGACUUUCCUAUAUAUCUAUAUCUAUAUAUUUCUUUAUUCCUUUCCGCGUUAUCUUCUCCGUGCUGUGAAUGCGAUUCGGCCACCAUCCGAUGUCUUUCCUCUGCUUAGUCACUUGUCGUGCGCGAAGAAUAGAGAAUAAAAGCUUCAUUUCAU